ACCGAGGUGACCGCUUGUGGAGAAGCUGGAGGCCGCCCAGUGCUGCUUCAGACGGCGACCAGGAUGCACGCUCUGUGGCUGCUCGCGACGCUAUCCGCGCUGCUGUGUGGGACGGCGCAUGCGCAGUGGAACCUCCCGUCAAGACGAGUCGGCAUCGGAUCCUCUUGCACACUGAAUGAUGGAAGACAAGGUGUAUGUAAGAAGUUUGAACAGUGCCGAGAGGCCAUUGAGGAACUACGGAAGGGGAUCCAGCCUACAACCUGCUUCUUUGAUGGUUUUGUGGCUGUCCCAUGUUGUCCAGUGAAAGGACUGUCAACUCCGUCAACACCUGAAACUCCUCCCAGAGUGACAACACCAUCGAGACCCAUACCAACUCCAACUCGACAGCCAACACAAGGACAGCCAUCAUCAUGCCACGAUCCUAUAGAAGACUGGUCACCAAGUCCUGCAGAGGAACGCUCACUACUUCAGCUUGCCCAGCAGAAGUGUGUUGAGUAUCGGCAACAUGUUUACCAAUUGGUGCAGGACCCAAUUCUCAUAGAUAAUCCAGGACUCCUCAACCUGUCAACAUGUGGUAUGGACAGAGAACCACUCAUUGUUGGAGGUGUUCCAGCUUCUCCACGAGAAUUUCCACAUAUGGCUGUUAUAGGUUAUGGUGAUGGGAAGACAAGCUGGCAAUGUGGUGGAAGUCUUAUUAGUAGCAGACACAUCCUUACUGCUGCUCAUUGCGUGACGUCUCCUAGUGCGGGGUGUGCUAGGCGAGUACUUCUUGGAGCCUUGUUGUUGAAUGAAACAAAUACUAAUACAGAGCCCCAGGAGUUUAAUAUUGUACGUCGGAUACGCCAUCCAAGAUACAAUCCGCCCAAACGCUAUAAUGACAUUGCCAUCUUUGAGCUGGACCGUGAUGUUUCGUUUACUGGUUUUGUAAGGCCUGCAUGUCUGUAUGACACUUUUGCCCCUCCAACGUAUGAUAAGGGCAUUGCCACAGGAUUUGGUCGUCAGGAUUGGCUUGAUAGAGAAGGCAGCAAUGAGCUCAUGAAAGUGACAUUGCCAUUUCAACCCUUCUCUGAGUGUAAUGGGACAUAUAGAGCUAACUUCAGGCUUCCAAAUGGCAUAGAUGAUAAUGGUAUGCUUUGUGCUGGUGAUCCAAGGGGAAGCAAGGAUACAUGUCAGGGCGAUUCAGGUGGACCACUGCAGGUACGAGACAUUGAACACUGCAUGUACAAGAUAAUUGGAGUCACAUCAUUUGGGAGUUCAGUAUGUGGAGCUGAAAAUACACCUGCAAUAUACACAAGGGUUUCCAGUUAUGUUCCAUGGAUAGCAAAGAUUGUUUGGACUUGAUUAGUUUUAACUUUUGUACUGCUAAUUCAUUGUAAAAAAACUCAUCACAUAUGAACGAAAACCUAAUAUUUUAUUAUUUGUUUCAUGUAAUAUGUAUUUAAAUGUAAAGUUAAUUUUUCAAAAGACUGAAUAUCAGUUGAUUAUUGCUCAAAUACGAAUGCAUGUUAUGUAGAAUCAUUGUCAACUAAUAUGAUGAAACUUCCUAGCAAAUUAAAACUGUGUAUCAGAUUGGCACUCCAACUUGGAACCUUGGCUUUCACAAACAGUGUUCUUGGAGGUAGAUACUGAUAGAAAUAGAGCUGUAGGCUUGGGUCACCAGUCAUGACUGGACAGCUUAGUUGGCCAGAGAACUGCCCAGGAAACGCCAGGUUUCAAAUUAAAGCCCCAAUUCAGCAUGCAAUUUCAAUCUUUCAGGAAGUGUUAAAACAGUACACACUCUGUUGCAGAGUGAAAUAUUGUUUCUGGAAGGCAUGUAUAAUUUUUAUUGACUUGGUGCAAAAAACAGUCAUGAUUAAUUCUUCUUAGGCCAACACCUGCAUAAAGUUUUUCAUGCACUAUAACAGCCUGAGUCUUUUUACUUAUCACUUUCAUUGGUGUAUAUGUGGAUAAUUAUUAAAAAGUAAAGUUGCAGUAAGUUGGUUAUAUUCUCCCCCAUUGCAAACAGUUGACUUCCGUAACCUACUUCCUCUCUCAAUGACAUUUCAUGUGGCCUUAAACUAAUCCUUGAUCAGUUGUAUAUUAUUUACUUUUUGUCUGGUUUUAGUCUUAGAAAUUUUCCCAUGUCUAAUGAAUUCAUUUAUUGAUGAGGAUACUGAUGUCUCUGCUGUUGUUUGUAAUUCAUUUCCUGUGAGCUGAACAUUGUGUGGUGUCUUUGUCAACAAGAAAUUGUUCUAUACUAGGGAGCAGUGAAACUGAUGACUGGAUGGGCAAAUAUAGAAGGUACCCACUCCACCUUUUCCGCACACUUCCCUCACUAGUGUUACUCUUUAGGGCUCAGUCGUUAGAAUUUUCGGUUUUUGUGUUUGAAACCAAACUUGGCAGACUAUUGGAAAGGUUUGCUGGUGGCAGCAUAAAUGAAGGACAGUGUUGAUAUAUCAAUCCUGUUAAUGAGAAGUGCCCAUUCAGUAGCUAUUGAUUCCUAUGACUGUACCUGUGGAAGAUGUGAUACAGUGAGAAAUGUGUGCUUAGACAUGAACCAAGUAAAGCUGCCACUUUUGCUGCUCCAUAGUAUAAUGUUUAUGUACAGCUUUCAGCUAAUCUGUCACAUGGAAAACAAGCUCGGAAAGACUAAUGAAAGUGCUUAACAGUAAAAAUAAAAUUCCAUAAUCAUUUGUUAAAUUUGAUGUGUAGUAGCACUAAUUUAUAUAGUUAUGACUGGUACUUAGCUGUCUAGGAGAUUGUGGAAAUAUGUUACUGUAAAGACAUAAUUUAAUUUAAUUUACUUUCUUAUUUAAAUGAAAUAAAAAUGUAUUUUUAUGAUAAAAUACAA